UUUACCUUUAAUCUUCAGGCUCGAUGGACAAUCAUGGAUUGGGCCACGGAUUUAGAGAACACCUCGAAACGACUUUUACCUCGCCUCGGUAGAAGAUCGACGCACAACAUCGUUCAAGAAGAUUCUAAGUUGACCGACGAUCUUUUGGAAAGUCCUGUGUCGUCAUCUACCGGGAAAUCGACGAAGCCACCAGUAGCACCACCACGUACUAGGAAAACUGGAUGGGGUGACGAGUUGAAAACCGGGAAAUCCCGAGGAGCCCCUAAUAUCAUUGAACAGGAGCGCUCGCGAGGGACGGAGAAGGAUGAAAAGAUAGACGAUAUUCCUGUUAUACCAGAUUUAGACGAAAUUCAAGAGGAUAAUGCUUUGUCUGAUAUAAAUACACCAACGGUGAACGUGAACAGAGUCGCCGCGUACAAGGAACUGGAUACGGACUUGGUAAAAAACGCUGCAUUCACAUCCUUGAAUGGUGUUAAUCUUUCCCUCCUCGCAGAGAAACUGUACAAUGAAAAUUUAACAAAGGAACCGGAUGAAGUAUGGAAUUGGAAUUUGCUUUUCACUCAGGUUUCCUCAGAAGUAAACAACGAAGUGCAGAAGAAAAUUGUUGCAUAA